ACGCUGUAUCACCCAGAGCGGCAGCCACCAGAGAGCCCGAGCGAGCAGCAGGCAGGGGGAUUAUUAGGAAACAAAAGAGAGAGGAGGAGGAGGAGAGAAAGCAAGGAAACAAGUCAGAGGCUGCGAUCAGCACCACUCUUCUCUUACACACAUACACAUCUCGCUCUCGCUCCUUUCUUUCCUCCUCAGCCCUUCUUCAUCCCCUUUUCCUCCACACACCCCUUCCCUCCCCAUCACUCUGCACCCUCCCCUCUUCUCUGUGUUUCUCAGUCCCAGCCAUCUUGCUUUAUUUUCUGCUUGCUACCUCUCCGCUUCCCUCCCUCCUUUAUCUUUCUCUCAUUCCCCAAUCCUUCUCUAUCACCCCCUUCUCCUUUCUCCCUGCACACUUUCCUCGCCACCCCCACCGUUCUGCACUCCUCCCCCUCUUUUCUCUCUCUCUUUUUCUCUUCCUCUCUCUUUCUCUCUCUCCAUCCCUUUCCUCCCCCUCCUGGCUUCUCUUUUAUUUAUUUAUUUUGUGUUGCUCUUCUCCGUCUCUGUUUCCCCUUCUCCCUUGUAUUGCUGUGUCUGUAUUUUUUGGAGGUGCACCAGGGGGCUCCCCCUUUGCAGUGCUUGCAGUGCAGGUAGCGGGGUCCCCCUUCACUCCCCUCCUACCCCAGCCUGUGGCCCCCCCUUGUGUCCCCCCUCUGCUCUCAGCUUGCUGCAGCCCACAAACAUGAUGGCGGCAGCUCCCAUCCAGCAAAAUGGGACCCACAGCGGGGUCCCCAUAGACCUAGACCCCCCAGACUCAAGGAAAAGACCCUUGGAAGCCCCGCCGGAGGCUGGAAGCACCAAGAGGACCAACACUGGAGAAGACGGCCAGUUUUUCCUAAAGGUCCUCAUUCCUAGUUACGCAGCCGGAUCUAUCAUAGGAAAGGGUGGGCAGACCAUCGUCCAGCUACAGAAAGAGACGGGAGCAACAAUCAAGCUUUCCAAAUCCAAAGAUUUUUAUCCAGGUACCACAGAGCGGGUCUGUCUGAUCCAGGGCACUGUAGAAGCUCUCAAUGCUGUCCAUGGCUUCAUUGCAGAGAAAAUUCGAGAAAUGCCACAGAACGUGGCCAAGACGGAACCGGUCAGCAUCUUGCAACCACAGACUACGGUCAAUCCUGACCGUAUCAAACAAACAUUGUCAUCAUUACCACCAGCCACCAAGUCCUCUCCAUCCGACCCCAUGACCAUCUCCAGAGCCAGCCAGGUGAAGAUCAUCGUUCCCAACAGCACUGCAGGUCUGAUCAUCGGUAAAGGAGGAGCCACUGUGAAGGCAGUAAUGGAACAAUCUGGUGCAUGGGUACAGCUUUCCCAAAAACCAGAUGGCAUUAAUCUGCAGGAACGAGUGGUGACUGUAAGUGGAGAGCCAGAACAAAACCGCAAAGCUGUAGAGCUGAUAGUGCAGAAGAUCCAGGAGGACCCACAGAGUGGCAGCUGUUUGAACAUCAGCUAUGCCAAUGUCACCGGACCUGUAGCUAACUCCAAUCCCACAGGAUCUCCGUAUGCCAACACUGCUGAAGUUCUGCCUACUGCUGCGGCGGCAGCAGGGCUUCUAGGACACGCCAACCUCGCUGGAGUGGCUGCCUUCCCUGCUGUUCUAUCCGGAUUCACUGGCAAUGAUCUGGUCGCUAUCACAUCAGCUCUUAACACCUUGGCCAGUUACGGCUAUAACCUCAAUACUUUAGGGUUGGGACUGAGUCAAGCAGCAGCCACCGGAGCACUAGCAGCUGCUGCUGCAAGCGCUAACCCAGCCGCAGCUGCAGCAGCCAACUUGCUGGCUACGUAUGCCAGUGAAGCAACUGCGGGUGGUGGCACUGCAGGGGGAGCGGCUGGAACGUUUGCACUAGGCAGCCUAGCUGCAGCUACGGCAGCUACUAAUGGAUAUUUUGGGGCAGCAUCCCCACUAGCUGCUAGCGCCAUUUUGGGCACUGAGAAGUCAACGGACGGCUCCAAGGACGUAGUAGAAAUUGCUGUGCCAGAAAAUCUAGUAGGUGCCAUUCUUGGCAAAGGUGGCAAGACAUUGGUGGAAUAUCAGGAGUUGACUGGCGCCAGGAUACAGAUCUCCAAAAAAGGGGAGUUUGUCCCCGGUACCAGAAAUCGUAAAGUAACCAUAACAGGCACACCAGCCGCCACGCAAGCUGCCCAGUAUCUAAUCACGCAACGAGUCACUUACGAGCAAGGUGUUCGGGCGGCCAACCCACAGAAAGUGGGUUAAUUGCCCCCUCUGCCCUUCUCCCCUUCCCAGGAUGUUAACUUAAUUGUCCCUCCCUUAUUCCUUCUUCUUUUCAUGGAUGUACUGUAUUUUGCAGGAGCGAUUUAUAUUUUAUUUUUUAUUUGAAUUUUAUUUUAGUUUUUUGUUUUGUUAUUGGCAGGGGAAGUGCGCGUCGGGUUAUUAAUAUAUAAUUAUGCAAAUGAACGCAACAGUGUUGACAAAGCGCAUCUGUAAAUAAUACAUGUUCUGCGGAUGUUUUGGAGAGGGGAUUUUUUUAGUGUUUUUUUAAUUUUUAUUUUUUUUAAUUUUGAAGGAUUUUGACAGGUUAUCUCUCUCUCUCUCUCUCUCUCUCUCUCUCUCUCUCGUUGAGGUUUUAUUGUUUACGCGUCAAAAAGAAAAAAAAAGUAAAAGUUUUUGAAGCCUGCCAUUUUACCAGCAUUGUUGUAGUUGAAAAAUGAAUUGAAUGUAAACAUGAAGUGACGCAUAGGUUUUAAACUUCUGUGAGGGCUGACGCUUCCAGUAAUGCACUGCAGAGCCACGUGUUGCUGGUCCCUUCAGAACCUGCACAGUUAUCAGUAUUAGUCCUAAGUGACGCUGUAACUGAACUACUGUUUUGCUGGAAAACAGCAGGGAGGGGGGUGGGGUCGGGGGGUUGAGUUACCUAUAAAACAAAAGGGAGUAAAGAAAAUCAAAAGCACUGUCCAACUUCACUCAUGCUUCCUGCCCUGGGGUGGCAGCGUAUGAGGGAAAAACAUGUUUUGGAAUAAAAAAAAAGAAAAAAAAUAGUUUUAAAUUAAAACAUAAAAGAUAUAUAUAUAUAUAUUAUCUAAAAGCAAUAUAGUUGCAAAAAAAGCACUGUAAAAAUAUAUAUUAAAAUGGUUAAAACUGUGGAAAAAAAUAACCUUUUUGGUAAGUUUACAGAUCAGUGUCUUCAUAACAACCUGUAUGACGAAUAUUCCGGCUGGCCAGGCUACAUUUCUAUCAUUUAUGGCUCGCUGAUCCCAUCAGAUUUAACUCUUCUGAUGGGUGACGUUUGGUUUUCAUAAGAGCUGUGUCUGUUUUCUUCCUCCAUUGGGUUUUUCCCUCCUGCCCCUUCAUGCUGAAAUCCUUUAAAUCCCCAGUCUCUCACCCCAUCUUGUUUUAAUUGCAUUAAUCACCCAUGUUUUUUUUUUUUUCUUCACUAGUCGACCUUAUUUCCGAUCUUACUCUGGAGAGACAACAAUGUCACAUGUUCAGCAACAAAUUCACAAUGGCAGUCUGAGUUAACGUAUUACUUGCCAUUGUUUGGGGUUGUGGCAGCUAAAUCUUUAAAGGCAUUCCUCUGUUAAAAUACAACCUCCAGCUUUCAUUUUUUAUUCUUAUGUUUUCUUAUUACUAAGCUAUAAGCAAGACGGUCAGUUUAUAAUUUACAAUUAAUGUUAAUGGCUUUCAUUUGGGGUUUGUAGGACUGGGGUUUUAACUAGACCCCAUAGUACCUGGCCAGCCACGCACCAGUUGAUCCAUUAACAUCCUCCCCUUUUAGAUGUAGUGUUGUGUUGUGUGCGUAUUGGGGAUUUUUUAAGCCAAACCACGCACACGCGCAACAACUUAAAGUGCCAACUGUUAGCUGAUGAGGUUUCAUUAUCUGCAACGACUUAGCGAGGACGUUGCCUUUUAAAAACGCUUCUGAUUGUGUAUAAUUUUAACACUAGCGAUCUCUUAGUGUUGUCAAUGUAGAAUUUACUGUGAACAGUAUCUGUGAUUUUUAGCUGUUUUUUGAUCCCUCCGGGGCUAGGCUCCACCAGCCGCCGCUGGCUCCGAUGGUCGUUUACCUGCAUGUUCUUUUUCCGUGGGGCAUCUUUAUGUCGGCUUCAGUCAGUACUUCCCUGCAUGCUUGUUUAGCUGAGGUAGUGUUCAUUUCCGGCGUGUGUCUACCUGUCGCAGCGCAGGUUCCUCCAAGGGCCAUUUUAUUAAUUUUUUUACUUUUUAGAAUAAGCCUUUUUUUUUUGUUUUUGUUUUCCAACUUGUCACCUCCUCCAUGUUUCUGAGUGCCAACUAGCCAGAUCAUUAUGUUAACCUCUGCAUUUGGGCCACCAAGCCACUAAAUUGUGGUCGUUCAUAAACCCAGCAUCUUCUCAUGCUAUGCAUGCAGUCGUAAAAAAAAAAAAAAAACUAUAAAAAAAAUUCAAUGGACAUGAAAGUAAUUAAAAAAUAGUAAAUAAUAAUACUAAAAAAAAACAAAAAAAAUAAACUAAAAUGCUGGCUACCUCUGGAUCAUCAGGCUGAAAAAUUCCCAAACAACAGUUUUCCUUCCAUCUCAACUUCAAUCCAUUGAUAACGUCCAUCAUAACCAACUCAGUGACAUUUUCCGCUGCUCCUCCUGUGCAACUGAUAACUGAACAAUGAUUGUGAUGUCCUCUCGUCUGGCUUCUCGUCCAGCAUCUCUUUCUGAACUGUGAUCUUUUUUUUUUCUUUUUUUUACUUAUCAUUAAACUUAAAAACAAAAAGACCUUCAUUACCAUGUUAGUUUAACCAGUCACUAGUGUCCCCUCUGUGGUGGACACUAACAAAAAUGUGGAUUAUUGAGUUUAACCCUUCUUCCAUCAGUUCCUUUACCCCAGAACCUUCCUGCCUUACUCUUGUGCAGUUUUUGUUCACUGUUAUGAGCCCCACAACUUCCGAGGGACCGGUGACGCACGGCUGUCUAUCCUCACAAGCCGCGUCAUAGGCUUCUCGAGCUAGGGGGGUUGAUCCAGCCAUUCCAAUCUGAUGAUCAAGUCAAUUUCUUUUUUUUUUUCUUUUCUUCUUUCUUUACUUCCAUUUUCACGUUCUCUUUGAUUAUAGAAAAAAAAACAUUUUCAAAAAGAGAAAACUGAUAUAUAUAAAAAAAAGGAAUGAUAUUGCUUGUUUUUCAAAUGGAAAGAGCAAAGCUGUCGUACAACUGUGUUUUAAUUGGUAAUGGUUAUUUAUCGUUAAUAGUCUCUGUAGCUCUGUAAGUUUUUAUGACAAUACAGUGUAACUAGUGGUUAGCCGAUGAUGCGAAUAUAUUUACUCAUAUCAUUAUAAAUGUGCUUUGUUCAUCAUGUAC